GGCUUUGCACCUGCUGCCGCAGUCACUGCUCUUUGUGCAUGAGUGCGGGUGGGAUUUUCUUUGCCCGUUGCUGUGUUUGCCUCAAAGCUCCAGCGACGUUCCUGGCUCUCAUGGCUCACGAUGGUGCUGGAAAGUGAGUGCGGGAGCACAUGGUGCACUGCUGCGAGGCUGGUCGGAUCGAUGGUGGCUGCUUUGCCAGUUUACGGGGAGCUGAAGCUGCGUUUGUGACCCUCAGAUAUAAGCCUGCUUCCUUGCCUGACCGUGCCACGAAUGCUCAGCCGAUUCCCCCGCUGCUGGCAAUGGGAACAAUGAAUCGCGCAGGCUCAAACCACUCCGCGUUCGCUGUGAUUAGACGAGGUAAACGAAGAUGACGACAGUCGCACCACUGAUCAAUAAUACUCAGUUCUCAGUAAACGUGACCACAACGUCUCAGGAACAAAGCCUCUAUCAAAGUUCUGGAGCAAUAGUUGCUGCCAUCGUAGUAGGAGUGAUUAUUAUUUUUACCGUGGUUCUGCUCAUAUUGAAAGCAUAUAACAGACGCAUGAGAGUGAAGCGGGAGCUGGAACCCAAAAGCACAACAACAAUGCCACCAGCUUUAGGGCAGAACAGCAAGAGCAUGUCCCAGCACCCUACAGUGACUUUCAUACCCGUGGAUAUCCACAUGCAGAACAGAUAACUGGGAAGACUUGUCCUCCCUGUGAGAGAAGAGAGCUGGAAUCUUAGUUACGUGGAUCUGGGACGCCUCAGCAAAGCGAUGCUGCAUUUGGAAUACCAACGAGCUGUUAUUUUGUCUAUAGAUUGUAAUUAAUACUGCUUUCUCUCUUUGGGAGGAAAAAUAAAAGCUCUGGAUACUUUUUGUAUGACUGAAAUCAACUGGUGGAGGCACAGAACUAAUGAGAAUCGCAGUGAGCCUUCUUAGGGAGCUCUGCGUGUGGCGAGACGGAAUAAACCAAGCGUUGAAUUCGUUGGAAGAAAAGCUGCACACUCAUAUUUUGUGGAGCUUUUGCUUACUCAGACAGUUUGAUUUUUUUUUUCUCUUCAGUAAUGGCUGAUGCUAAACAGCAAGAAGAGUUUGGACAUGCGAGUUACAACUCAGGUUGAACCUGGGUUUGUUACGAUUUACAUUUAACAGGUUUGUAGUCUAUUUUGUACAUGAUAGCUAGUACAAGAAGUAUCGGAAUUGUAUUUAUCUUUACUCAUCUUUCAUGUUUCUAAUGCCAUAGAUAUGGUUGUAGACAAAAGAGAAAAAGCUACUUUUUAUUUUCAAGUAUUUUAAAAAUAUUUCUAUAAACUUGGUGACCUGUCUGUUCCCAAAUGACCUCAGUGGCUAAGGGUUUUCACUCUCACACCAGGAAUGGCCUUAGGUUCGUUACUGGAGUUGCGUUAGAAUGGUUUGUCGUACACAGAAUCUGAGAAGUUCUUUAACUGAAAAAGUAAACGUGGCAAGGCGGCGUGAAGCAAGCCAGGCCUUACACAGCUACUUUGGUACAACUCACAUCCGCAAACACUUCGUCCUCUGAUGCAGACUAGGCUUGAACUAUUUUUAGACUUUUUUUCUUCUGGAAAGUAAUGGAAAGUGAUGUUGUUUUGCACAUGUGAUGAUUGUGGGUGUACAGUAAUGCAACAAAGACAUUCCCAAGGGUUCUGGCAGCCCACUGAGUGCGAACGCACAGCAGCGGUGUCAGACAGCCGGUGGCUGAAGCAUGCGUAUCAAAGCAGCCCCGAAACGCUGCCUGACAGACAGAUGGGAAGGGUUAGGAAGAAACUGAGGCCUUAAACCCUGUUUUAAACAGGGUUAAACGUGAGGCUCUGAGAAACAGCUCCACUCUUAAAUUUUACAGACCCGCUCACUUGAGGGGCUGGACAGAGCGUGAAGCGAAUACAGCCCUAAUGUUGCAGUCUGGGUUUAUCACAGAAUCCCAGACUGGCGGGGGCUGGCAGGGCCCUCUGGAGCUCACCCCGUCCCACCCCUGCUGGAGCAGGCACCCCCAGAGCAGGGGCACAGGGCCGCGUCCAGGCGGGUUUGGAAUAUCGAUAACUUAUCGCUUGCGUGUGUUGCACCGAGACGCUGCCGCGGUGAGCUCUAAGCCGCCGUGGCCAUUAGAGGGCUCCAGCCUGUUCGUAGACCUCAGUAAAACUGUUAGCAGGGUAUUUUAACUCCUUUUUAGGAGCUGUAGAGAAAGAAGUUACUGUUGUCUAACUGAACGGAACACAGAGCCUCCAGCUUUAAAGCUCUUUGGCCUGCAGCGGUUCACCUGCUGCUCUUCCCAACACCGUCACCAAUAGUUACAGCUCUAAAUCACGCGGUGCCAAAACAAAGCUGACCGAUUCUUGGAGUAAAGCGAUGGAGGACUGGAGUGAUAAGCUGAUAUAUUUUUCCCCAAGAUGUGAAUGCAACUCUUGAACAGCUUAUUUUUACGGACCGGUAUUUUUGUGAAGAAACUAAAUUCAAUUACUUUGCAACUGUUUUUGUAUGAAACUGGAGCACAGUUUGAAUUCCAAACUAAAUAUUAAGACAGCUGUU